AUGAGGUACUUGUACAUCUCCGUUAUCGAAGUCGACGGUCUCCCCGAGACCGCGUCUUUCUGGUCUUCGACGGACCCCUACUGUCGAAUCAAAUGCGGUACGGAGCAGGGCUCUACUUCCGUCAAAAAGCGUGCCGGUGGUCGUGCCAUUUUCCAUGAGUCGUUCAACUUCCCCAUGCGAGCUACCGACCUGGAAAUCGAGAUUUUGGACAAGGCCACACUUUCCUCUGACAAGGUACUCGCUAACGGCGUAGUGACCAUCCGGGCCAGAGACGGUUAUUGUUUUAUGGGACCCAUUCCACUUCGAGACGCCAGUGGAGACGGCCUCAACCCGAAUGUGACGCUGGCCAUCUCAGUCCAUGACCAAUAA